GUAUUUGGGAAAUCCAAGAAGAAGAAGAAGCAGAGACUCAUGGAAGAGUUUCAAGGUCCAGAACCACGCGGCCAAAUGAUGAGCGAGAAUCCUCGAUCCCUGGAGCUUAAUCAACGCAAAUGGUGGAUCUCUGUUUUCUUCUGCGGUUUCUUGAUCUUUGCCGGAGAUUCUCUUGUCAUGCUUCUGUUGAACUUCUUCUACGUCCAAGAUAAUCGAUCAGAGAGUAAUCAAGACCGACAAUACAAAGGAACAUGGACACAAGCUCUGAUCCAAAACGCUGCCUUUCCAAUCUUGAUUCCAUUCUUUUUCAAAUUUUCUUCACCGAACCCGGAAACAGUCUCCAAUCAAACCAACAACGGCUGGUUUCGAGUUCUCUCGCUCUACGUUUCUCUCGGUGUUCUUGUCUCUGUUUAUAGCAAGUUAUACGCGCUGGCGAAAUUAUACGUAGGAUGGGGGAUUUUGGUAUCAACUCAAUUGAUACUCACCUCCCUCUUCUCAGCUUUCAUAAACCGUCUCAAGUUUAACAGAUGGAUCAUCAUAUCGAUAAUCUUCACUCUUGCGGCCGACUUUUUUGGCAGCCCUGCGUUUGCUGGAACCCCUGAUGAAGAUGAAACUGAUGCUUACGACAUCAAGGCAUGGUUGAUACUCAUAUUCCCUACUCUUGCUUUCUCCUUGUCUCUGUGCCUAAUGCAGCUCGGGUUCGAAAAAGUGUUGGUGAAGACAAAGAGGUAUGGUAACAAGAAGGUGUUUCGGAUGGUCUUGGAGAUGCAAAUCUGUGUUUCCUUCAUCGCCACACUCGUUUGCACUGUGGGUCUGUUUGCGAGUGGUGAGUUUAAGGAGUUAAAAGGUGACAGCGAGAGGUUUAAGAAAGGGAAAACUUACUACAUUCUGAGUUUGGUCGGGUUGGCUCUCUCUUGGCAGGUUUGGGCGGUCGGGCUGUUAGGUCUGGUGCUAUUGGUGUCCGGUUUAUUCGCUGAUGUUGUUCAUAUGUGUGCUUCACCUGUUGUGGCUCUGCUUGUUGUGUUGGCUUUUGAUUUCAUGGACGACGACUUUGGUUGGCAGAGAAGAGGUGCUUUGCUAGGGGCAGUCUUGGCUCUAGCUUCUUACUUCUACUCCCUGCACAAAACAAAGAAGAAGGAGAUCGCAGAACUGAACAAGAGAGAGAACAACAACAGUGAAGCUUAGUCUCUCUACAAUAUGCGUAGAUGAUAUUCUUAUUACUUUAUGUGUUUUGCAGAUACAAAUACUGUGUUUGUCCUGCAAGUGUCCUUUAUUGACUCAGAAGUUGUAUACAUCCAAAUGAGAGACUAAAAAUACAUCCGUGAUGAUAUC